AGAAGAGAAUUAGGGUUUGGAAAAUUAUUGGUGGCUUGGGAUGAGAUGGAUAGGCGGGAUUUUAGGAAUUUGAAUGAAGAUGUAGAGGGGUGAUGAGGGGCUGGUUGGGAUAACUUGAAUAGAUUCACUACAAAUCUUCGUAGUUUUUGUGAGGGUGGUGGAGUAAAGGGUCUGAGGAGUUUUGUGUGGUGAUUUUUUGGUUUGAUGAGGUGAAAAUUGCAUUUGCUUAGCAGGAUUUAGUAAGUCAGCUUCCAAGUUUACGGGAUUUUCUUCAACUUAAUUAGUUAAUAUUGUACAGAGACUGCUAUUAAAUAAACUUAUGCCUAAAUACAUCAUUCUUGAUCUCCAAAACAGUGAUAACUCCUUUCUAUUUCCUACACAAAAUAUCUUCAGGCUUCCCCAAAUCCU